GUAGGUGUCUUCCUGGCAAACAUCGAUGAUUCCUUCGUAACCGCUAUAUACGGGGAGAUUGCGUCGCGAUUCCAGCAUCUCCAGGAUGCAUCCUGGUUACUGGCAGGGUAUAACCUGGGGUAUUGUGCGGCAUUGCCGGUACAUGGUCGGUUAGGUGACAUUUAUGGCCGAAAAACGCCAUUGUUGGCGGCUUAUGUUCUGUUUGGUCUUGGAUUAGCUGUUUCAGGCUCCGCGUUCUCCCUAUGGCAGAUUAUCAUUGGAAGAGCGAUAACAGGCAUUGGCAGUUCGGGCAUGGUAGGCCUGAUAUCGGUCGUGAUCACUGAUACAUCGACAUUGGAGCAAGUAGCUGUCCUGAGAAGCUAUGUGACCGUCGUCGCCAUCGCAGGGUAUAGUUUGGGAGCCCCCUUGGGUGGAAUCUUAGCGGAUCUCGUGGGCUGGAGAAUGUCAUUUGCAGGCCAGGUGCCAAUCGUCCUAAUCUGCCUGCUCAUCGUCACGCGGGAGAUUCCAUCCUCACCAUCGCCACAAGACGAGGAAGCAGCCGAAGUCAACAAUGGUGAUAACCACGCAAACGAGGAAGACCCCAGUGAAUUUCCGCCAAAAAUGGGGCUGCACAAAUUCGACGUUCCCGGCCUUCUCGCUUUUCUCACCACGAUCAUCACGUUCCUCCUCUUCCUAAACCUAGCCGGUCAAAAGCUUCCUUGGACACAUCCAAUAGUCCUCACUAUCGCAGCUAUUAGCGUCGCCUCUGGAACACUCUUCUUCCUCAUCGAAACAAUCUGGACUUCUAGUCCAUUAAUUCCCUUAUCGCAAAUCUGGAAAAACGGCGUCGCACCAUUCUGCCUAGGACAAGUAUUCCUCUUCAUCGCAUUAGUUGGCCUAGUAGCUCAAAUCCCCUCCUUCUUUGUCCGCACGCAAUCAACUACGAACACAAGAGCAGCCGCACAUCUCAUCCCGUUGACAAUUGGUUGUGCCGUGGGUGGGUUGCUCUCGGGGCAAAUUAUUAACAGAAUGCACCGCUAUAAGCCGCUCUCCCUUUUCUCUAUAUCAUUGAACACGCUCUCGCAUCUUCUCAUCUUUUUUGCAUGGCGACAUGGCGCAAGCACCUUUUCUUCGCUGGUAGUGUUUAUUACCGGUCUCGCCCACGGCCUCGUCAUCUCAACACAGUUCAUUGGGAUGUCUGCGCGCGUAGAGAAAAGCAUGGUUGCAUCGUCUGUGAGUGCGUAUUACCUGUGUCAGGAGUUGGGGAUGAUUGGGGGAGCUUGUUUGGAUGGUGCGGUUGAGGGGGGUGUUUUCAGUCACUUAUUACGAAAAAAUGGACUGAAAAGCGAUCUAAUAAGGAGACAGAUGGUGAAGGGGGUGUUGAAUGAUAAUCGGUUCGCUGUUAGGUUGCCCGUGGAGAUUCAGAGGGUCGUGGUGGACUGUUAUCUUUGUGCUUUUCGGUUUAUUCCUGUGCUGUCUACUUGCAGCUGUGUAGUAGCGCUGGUUCUAAUCGCAUCUCAGAAGGAGAAGAAACUUCGGUAG